AUGACGCCCCGCGCCGCCGCCUGCGCCGCGCGCCUCCCCCGCGCCUGCCUCCUCGCUCUGCUGCUUUCGACGCUGCUGGCCCGCUGCGAGCAUCGCUCCCCCCAAUUCCGCAGCCUCGCGGCCACGGCGGCUGCUCUCUCGGAAGGCUCUCUGAUCCCGGGCGCAGUCCGACCUUCGGGCGCCUUUGGAGUUUCGAAGCGACUUGGAGCCAUAAAUGGGGCACCGGCGCGUGACUCCGAGUGGGACGUGAGGGACUUUGGGGCGGUGGGGGACGGGCGGGCCUACGACACGGCCGCGCUGCAGGAGGCCGUGGACGUUGCGGCGGGGCUGGGCGGCGUCGUGGUGUUUCCGGCGGGGUACCGCUUCCUGACGGGGACGCUGUUUCUGAGGAGCGGCGUGUCGGUGCGCGUGGAGCGCGGCGCCACCAUCCUGGGCAGCGCCAGGAGGGAGGACUACCCGGACAGCCGCGACCGGUGGUACGUCAUCCUGGCGGAAAACGUCACCGGCGUGACCAUCUCGGGCGGCGGCGAGAUCAACGGCCAGGCCAGAGCGUUCGUGGCCGACCGGCACCCGCCGCAGUUCGCGGACAAGUACGCCAUGGUGAGCUGGAACCAGGACCCGUCCGUGUGUGCCGACCCCGUGCAGUGCCGCCCGCGCCUGCUGGGUCUGGUCAACGCCACCAGGGUUACGCUCGCCGACCUCUUCCUCAACCAGCCCGCCUACUGGUGCCUGCACGUCUACCGCAGCGCGGACGUCGCCAUCCGCGGCCUGGACAUCUUCGGCGACCCUCACAUACCCAACAACGACGGCAUCGACAUCGACGGCUCCAAGCGGGUGGAGGUCUCGGACUGCACCAUAUCCACCGCGGACGACGGCGUGUGCGUGAAGACCUCGGGAAAGGCCGCCCCCACUGUGGACGGCGUCCUGGUGCAGCGCUGCGCCAUAAGGUCCAAGUCGUGCGCGGUCAAGUUCGGCAGCGAGUCCACGGCGGACAUGGCCAACGUGGUGGUGCGCGACGUGGUGGUGGCGGACAGCAACCGGGGGCUGGGCCUGCAGAUCCGGGACGGGGCCAGCGUCGCCAACGUGACGUUCAGGAACGUGAGCAUGGUCACGCGGCUGUUCGACCCGGCGUCGUGGUGGGGCCGGGCGGAGCCGAUCUACGUGACCAACCGGCCGCGGGACUGGGAGGGGACGCCGAAGGUGGGCUUCCUCCGCAACGUUACCUUUCAAGACAUUUCGGCGACGUCUGAGGCGGGGAUCGUCAUCGCCGGCAGGCCUGGGGACGCCUCCAAAAUCGAUGGCCUGACUUUCGCCAACGUCAGUGUGAGGGUGGAGCGCCUGUCGCCCUGGCCCGGCGGGCAGUUCGACUUCCGUCCUGGCGUCGAGGUCGUCAACCACUCCAUACCCCUGCUGUACGGGGAGCACGCCAGCAACCUGGUGUUCAACCACGUGAGCCUGGAGUGGGGCCCCGUGGCCCAGCCCUACUGGGGUCCCGGCAUACAGAUGUUCAACCGGACGGUGCAUAACGUGCGGUUCGUGGACGUGUCGCUGAGCGAACCGUAG